AUGCCAUCGCGCACAUUCGACAUCCUCCCCUACGACGUGCUCGUUAUCAUAGUUUCCCAUGUCCCAGUCCUGGACUACUACGCCCUCAAACUAGCAGGCUGUCGGCCACUCACCGACUUUAUCCGAGAUGUCCUCUCGCGGAUCCCCAAAACACAGUAUCUAGAGGCCAUCCGGAGAGACGAUGCCCGCCGAAAAGGCAUCCCUGAGCACCAAGGCAGAAGACCGAUGGAAAUUCUAAUCGAGAGAGGUCGGCCAUAUCUGGUACUAGACCACACGCACAGAUACCCAGGGCGCUCAAACGAAUGCAAAGAGUACGAUGCGGGUCGAAGCCAGGUUAUUGUUGCUGUGGAGAACAGAUCAUUCUCGCCUGUUCUGCAUUGGGCCGCUCUUUACGGCCAAGAGGAGAUUGCACUGUUACUGAAGGACCGAGUGAAUCUCAGGGCAGCAUUCCGCAACCGCACGGCCCUGCAUUAUGCAGUGAUGGGCAACCAACUGAAGAUGGCACAGAUGCUGCUUGACCAUGGGGCAUACAUCAACGCCGCAGAUGACAAGGGGAAGACACCCCUCGCUCUCGCAGUUGAAUAUGGUGCAGAUGACGUGGCAGCUCUGCUCCAGUCGCAUGGGGGCCAAAGUGACUGGCCGACGAUACUCAGAACAGAGGAAUGGGCGCGUCCCAUUACCAACUGGAGAGAUGGAGAUCCAGACCCAGUGGUCUCGCUUGAUGCCUUCCAAACCCACCUGACAGAACAGAUGCUCAACGGCUGUUUUCAACUGAGGGCUUACCUGAAGCACUUCCAUCUCCGGCGAAUAGGGGACUUGGAGCAGAUGCGAUCACACCAAACUUGGGUCGUGCACCAGAGCUUAGGUAUGGAAGACACUCGUUUGAUUGAAUUCAUGCUCGACGAAGGCUGGGACGUUCACAAACACGACGACUGCUUCCUAAAUGCAUUGUACCUCGCGGCUGAAGCGAACAGGCUCCGAGCUGUGGAGAUUCUGCUCGAUCACGGAGCUGAUCCAACAAUGCUGGGCCCUCGUCCGGACUUUGUACCCCUCCAUGUCGCCAUAUAUUGUCAGAGGAGAGAAAUCGUUGACUUGAUGCUCUCGCGGGGGUUCUCACCCGACGUGCGGAAUGGAAAGGGAGAGACACUGCUUCACAAGAUGGUGCGAGAGCGCGCUUCUGGGAGCCAGUUCGACUAUGCAGUGGCCCAAGGUGUUGGCCUAAACCUAAAGGACUCCAUGGGAAACACACCCCUACGUCUCGCUGUACAUCUAGGCCCCCGUCACAGUGGGACCGAUGGCUGGGACGUCGUGGAAAACGCCGUUAAGCUAGGCGCCGACGUAAACAUAGCAAAUGACAAAGGGGUUACUCCAUUGUUGUCCGCCAUGAAACGGUUGAGAGAUGGCUACAUAGUCAAAUUCCUCCUUGACCACGGGGCAGAUGUGAACGUCGUGGACCGUGCGGGACGUGGUGCAUUUCACUACGGCAUAUCAAACUCUUACGGCGCCUUCCGUGAGUAUUUCAAGUUGUUGGUUGACCGCGGGGUGGAUAUCAAUCUACGAGAUGAAGACGGGUGUACUCCUCUCCAUACUGCAACUGAGGAUGCGAACUAUUGGUAUUCUGGGAUUACUCUUCUACCCCUAGGUGCAGAUGUCAACGCCCGGACCAAUGCAGGAGACACCCCCUUGCAUUGCCUUUUGCGUCGUCCGUCUAUAAAUGCCAAGCAAUACUCACUUUGCGGCAAGAUUCUCGAAUUCGGAGCGGAUGUCAACGCCAGGGAUGCAGCUGGCUUUUCACCACUACUUCUCUUCCUGAAGGCUUGUGUGGUAACCGAGGAUAGUGUAGAUUACUCGAAGAGAACCAUGGAGCUCUUACUGCGGUAUGGAGCGGGCUUGGAUGGUUUUGAUGAGGACGGAAUCUCCACGCAGGAUCUGUAUAUACGCUGGAAGAAACAAAUAGAGACGGUAGAGGGCAAAGUAUCCUCUCCUGCCGCAAUAGCAAUGAGAUAA